AUUCCAUCUCCUCAUGAAAAUCCAAGACCCUGAUAAAUAAGGAAAGCCAGCCAACCUUUGUGUGGAUAAUUACGUCAUUUCACCUCACGCACAUCCAUCGCCCUGUACCUUCCCUAAUCCCUCACUCCAAUCAAUGGAGCUUGCACCACAACCCACGGCUAAAAAGGUAAAUUGGAGUUGGACCUCCGCGUUAAUCGGAGCAGCCUCGGCCACGGCGGCCGCCGCUCUCAUCAGUGCCAAACCCAAAGACCCAACUUUCCACCUCAUCUCCAUCAAACUCACUUCCUUCAAGAUCAACCUCUCCAACAUCAACGCCGACCUAACCCUCACCGUCCACGUCACCAACCCCAACAUCACCCCCAUCCAUUACUCUUCCACCGCCAUGUCCAUCUUCUACAACGGCUCCUUCCUUGGGGAAGCUCAUGUCAAAGCCGGGUCCCAACCGCCCCGCUCUUGCCGGGUCUUGGAGCUACCGGCUCGUCUGGACGGGGUAGAGUUGGCUCACCACGCGGGUAAGUUUUUCGCGGACGUGGCCAAAAGAGAGAUGGCGCUGGAUGCUAAGGUGGAGAUUAGCGGCACCGCUAAGAUGUUAUGGUGGGAACAUAGGUUUAAAGUCCACGUGGAGUGUCAUGUUACCGUUGAUCCGGUUUUCCUUGAUGUGAUUGAUCAAGAAAAUGAAUCCCAAUUGGAGCUUUUCCUUGCUUCGUAGUUAAUUGCUGUAUAUGCUCUAACUUACAAUGUCUCUGCUUUUGAUUUAUGGUAAUAAAAAGUUUACAUCAAGUUAUUGAGUUGUCA